AUGGAGGUUCCUGUGAGAAUUCUAGCAAAGCAACCGACAAUUAUCCGGCACUCUGCCGCAGCCCUUCGUGUCAUACCCCCAAGUGCAAUGACACACCUCUCCGGGUUUGCAUCGCUCAACAAGGAGUGGUUUGCGCCUCAUGAUACCAUCAACACCAUCAUAAAGAACGCGGAAGGUUCGCAUGGCAUUUACGAGCUCAGUUUCGCUGCGCCCAGCCCAUCUCGUUCCGAUGCAGGUGGAGGUCUUGUCGUCACCGGUGCAGAUGGCUGGCCAUACUAG